AUGAGUGGACCCGUGCGCACAAGCGUCAUCUUCUGCCUGCACUGUGACAAGAAGAUCUGGCCGAUACGCGAGUACGCUUGCCACUGCGACAUGUACCCAGAAACGAAAUGCAGCCUCAGCAGCGACUGCAAUUGCCGCAAGCUGAAAUGCGCCUCUUGCCUGCUCACCGUCGACGUCAACUGCGAGUGCAACGUGUGCCGCUACCCGGCGUGCAAGACUAGGAACCGGCCCGGCGCAAACUUCUGCAGGGCAUUCCAGGGGGGCCUCCAUCCCGUCCAUCUCGGUAAGAAAUUUAACAAUGACCGCUCCCUGUUCAACGCCUCCGAGAUGAUGUACGCGUACGAAAACCACCCCAUCGAUAUAUUUUACUUCACUAUUGGCAACCCGCCUGCCGCGUGGUGGAACGUCACUUUCGACGAUGACGGGCACCCGGUUCACGGGAUAGUGCAGCAAUACGGUUCCGAACCCCCAAACAAGGACUUCGACCUCAGAGCUAAAGUCUUUGGCAUCUGGAACCUGUCGCUACCCCGGACCAGCACCCCAUCGCCACCCGGUCCAACUCACCGUCUCCAGUCAGGGGCGCGAGAGGCGCAUGAACCCUUCCCGGGGGGCGGAUUCCCGCACAUCCCGGCCGAGGAGGCGGAGUUGUUCUAUCAUUUGCUCACCAAGAUCUUCGAGCGCCUGGAAGAGGUAACCAAGGAGCUGAGCAAAUACCAAGAAUUGCUAGGACGGGAUGCCCAGCCCGGCGCACAGAACGGCAUCCCCCUGCCGGGUGCCUCGGUGGCUGGCAGCGACGGCGGCAUCGGCUCGGUUCCCCAAUCCGUCGGGCUGGGCGGAAUGAGCGUCAUUAGCGAUGCAUCCAGCUCUACGCUGGCAAUGAAUGUCCUCAUGUCCGGGGUGUGCUUCGGCCCGGACCCGGACCCGGACGACGGCGGAAUGCACAGGGAGCACUACGUUCUCGGGGGGGAUAUUCACGUCGACAGGGCAACCGCGUUUGACCUGUUUCUGGAGUUCCAGGCCCACCUCUACGCCCACUUCCCCGUCCUCGACACCAGCAAGACCCGAGACGGCAUGUACGAGAUGUGUCCGCUGCUCUUCUGGACCGUCAUCAUCACCGCGUCCAAGUACUCGCCCGCCCACUCGCACCUGUACCCCGUCCUCACGCCCGCGUACGAGACCCUGCUAGCCACGAGCAUCGUCAAGGUGACGAGGUCCGUCGCGCAGAUGCACGCCAUCCUCAUCAUCAUCAUGUGGCCGCUACCGUACCCGGGCCCCACGCACGAUCCGAGCUGGGGGUACUGCGGACUCGCCAUGAAUGCUGCGCUCCAGAUGGGCAUGCACCGGCCGGGGUUCCAUCGAGAGUACGGUUUUCCCGACCUAGGCCAAGAGCAGGCCCAGCUGAGGACCGUGACGUGGAUGAUGGCAUUCCAGACGAGCGUGUGCCUAAGCACAUUUCUCGGCGUCCCCCCCUUCAUCGACGCCACUCCACACAUGGACGCCAUCCUCGCGAACCCAUCGGGUCUGCCCAAGGUGAUCGUGGCGCAGACCGACAUCCAGCUGCACGUGGCGCGGUUCACGCGGGCCCUGGACAACGCCAUGGACCUGGCGGCCAAGGUCAUGUACAUCAACAUGUUCGAGCGCGACCUGAACCGGCUGCGGGCCACCUUCGAGUCGACGUGGAGCAGCAACGUCGAGCUGAACCUGACGAGCGCCAAGCUGUACUUGUACGCGCACAUCUUCGUCUCGCCCAAGCGCGGCAGCGCUGGUGUAGAAACGCCGGCGGCCGGCCAGAGCCCCCGCUCGCUGCUCGCCGACUCGGGCGCCCGCAAGAUCAUCUACUCGGGCCUCGCCGCUGCCGUCAGCUACAUCCACUCCUUUUCCGAGGAGCAGCAAGCCGUGCUGUCGCCGCGCGACACGACAGGCGUCGAGACGGGGGCCGCGUGGGAUGCCUCACCAGCAGCAGCCGCCACGUCAGCACCAUCCACCUCGACCCCGCCCGGCCCGCCACAGAGGGUAAACCGCCAGAUGUACUUCCCGCACCACUACUGGCGCAGCCUCGUCAUGGCAUCCUUCUUCCUGCUCAAGUUCCUCGCCGUGGCGGCCGCGCCGGGCGUCAGCGGGGAAGCCGAAGCGGAGGCCGAGCAGGAGCUGGCGCGCAACCACCUCGUGACCUCUCACAAGACGUUCAUGUCGUACGCCAACUCGAUCGAGCACGUGGCCGUGGCCAAGACGCUCGAGCGGCUCGUGCAGACGGCCGCCGGCGUGCCCGCCGAGGGCAAGGUCAACACGCGGCUCGGCGCGAGCAUCAUCUUCGAUGGGCUGAUCGUGUUUGGCCAGCUCGAGAAGGCGCGGAGCGCGGGCAUGUUGGAGUUGCAGGCGCAGAUGCAGACGCAGAUGCAGACGCAGACGCAGACGCACCAAGAUCAUGUGCAGCCGCAGCAGCAGGCGGAGACGCCCUUGUUUUUCGACUCGGGGGCUUCGACGCCGGGAUACGGAGGCUUCGAUAAUGGGUUUUCGAUUGCAGAGUUUUUGGACUCGGAUUGGAAUCUUCCCUGGGAGACAAAUUUCUUCGACAUGGGCAUGGCGAUGCAGGAUCGGUGA